CGUUUAAUUCCAUCCGUUGCCCGUUUAUAGGACACACAGCAUACUCACAUUGGAUGCUUUUCAAAAAAACAAAAAAAAAGAGGCCUGACAGUGUGGUCAGAUACAUCCAGGAGGAUGUGUAUGUUUCCUUUGCUUAUUUCCGCUUGUCGCUUUCAAUUUUCUUAUGAAUUUGCAGCCCUCUUGUCACGAUGUUAUCUCCGGGAAAUGGACCCCAUCAGCAGCUGAUGUGGCUGGCGGACGUUCUGCUGGUUUUGGCGUGACGACACUCAUAAUCAAUGGAGGCGUCGAAUGUGGCAAGGGCACGACCACUCCCCAAGAAGCAAGCCGGAAGGGCUUCUUCGACCGCUACUGCGGUCUCUUUGGAAUUGAGCAGGGAUCAAAUCUGGACUGUGCCAACAUGAGCCCCUUCUAAUGAAGUAACUAAGAAACACCCGUGCUACUCCCGGCAAGGGGACACUGGCUACUCAAGGAAAAACGUGUCUCUUCGAGCAUGUGACAAUCUAAGUUCUGACUUUCUGCUGCACCCAUUUCCGGGCGGCCCCCUGCCAUGAUAAUUGGGCUCUUAUACCACGUUGUAUUGUGUCUCACGAUAAUUGGGCUCUUAUACAACAUUGUAUGAUGUGUUGUCGGGGGAUCCCUAACGUUUUGUGAGUUUUGUUUGCGGACUUGGGGGCUUGUUAGACACUCCUCGGGCGCGUAAAGUCCCCGAAGAAAUUAUCGUUCCACCUACCCUCGGGGAUAAAAAGAAAAAAAGAAGUGAAAGUGUUUCCUCCGGGAAUCCUCGGGGAGUCCUCGGCUACAGCCAUUUUGUGGCCUUCCCCAAGGUACCUCCCGAGGUCCCUUGGAGGUCAAGGAUCCACGAUAAUCGGAGCGGCGAGGGCACCCGUCGUCGACAAGAAAUUUUCGUCGGCUGGUCCAUUGGAGUUCCUACCAGGCAGCGCAGGGACAUCUUGGGUCUUCAACGUUCGUCUUCCAUGGUCCUCUUGCCAACGGUAACCGUUGGUGGCCGGCCAGCCUCCGCAAAUGUCUUCAACCGGUGUUCUCCCUCGCAGUGCGUCGUGGCAAACGACUGGGGGGUGGCCGUGGAGGGUGUUUUCUCGCAGGGGAGGAUGGCAGGACCUGGUGCUCAGUUGAUCAUGAUGUGUUAGUCUUUAUUCCGUGUGUCAUUUUCCUGUCUCCGGGUGCCUUCACAGCGUCUCCAAGUUGUUGUGACAUGGUUUCGUCCUGGCGAAGUGGGCCCUUUUGUGAAAGAGGGGUUUAUGGGGAAGGUCGUCAAGUAUGAUGGCGGAUGUCGAUGGUGACUUCUGCGUUCCCGGGGUUCGUGUAAUGGUGCAAGCUUGGAGUUCUUGCACCACUUAUACUUGUAACACACGCAUGUGCGCUCUUCGCGGUUGCGUCCAUGAACUUCGAUUCACUAGAGUGUGCAGUCAUCGCCAUCGUGAUAGAGUGUGAUGUAUGCAAUAUCUCAUUUGACUAAUGGCUUCACAUU